ACUGCAGUAAUCGACAAUAACUUGUCAAAUCACAGGGCAUGCCACAUGCAGAUAACUUCCUCCUUUCCUACAUGCAGUGGCUGUUUGAGUCGCAUGAGAAACACACUCGACUGGAAAGCACCAGAUACAUGCAGACUGCAGCUCAGCCCGACAGAUGUAAUUUUCUUUGGUCUCCAAUAACUGAAAUCAUAGUUACAGCAUGACAUCUAUGAAUUCAUCGUGUGUAGUGGUGAACUACUCUAGAAUCUCCUGUUCCUGUAACUGUACCACUAACAUGACUGAAUGGGAUAAAGCCAUGAACCAGCUCUACACCUACUUUUACCUGAUCAUCUUCAUCCCAGGGCUACUGGGCAACACUCUGGCUCUUUGGGUGCUGUGUCGAUUCAUAAGCAAAAAGACUAAAGCCAUCAUCUUCAUGAUUAACCUGGCCAUGGCUGACCUGGCUCAUGUGUUAUCGCUGCCACUUCGAAUUCAUUACUACAUCCGAGAAGAAUGGCCUUUUGGAAACGAGUUAUGUCUGCUGUGUUUCUACCUGAAGUACCUGAACAUGUACGCCAGCAUCGCCUUUCUGGUGUGCAUCAGCAUCCAGCGCUGUGCCUUUCUCAUGCGCCCGUUCUGCGCCAAGGGCUGGAAGCGGCGCUAUGAUGUUCGCAUCAGCGUUGCGGUGUGGAUCGUGGUGGGCCUCUGCUGUUCGCCUUUCAUUUUAAUGAGGAGCAAAUCAGCAAAGGAAACCAGAAGUUGCUUCAAGGACCUGCCAAUGCGCAAACUGGAUGUUCGCUUGGCUAUUUCUAUGAUGGCCGCCGCAGAGCUCUUGGGAUUUGUCAGCCCGCUAAUUAUCAUCAGCUUCUGUACUUACCUAAUAGUGAGCUCUUUGCAAAAGCAGUACCUUGGCCAGCAGUCCACUGGUGACAAGCAGAAAGCCUUGCGCAUGGUCAGGGUGUGUACGGGCGUCUUCCUCUUCUGUUUUGCUCCCUACCACAUCAAUUUCCUGCUGUACCUAAUGGUUUCCCAGUGCAUCAUCACAGACUGUGCACUGAGUCAGGCUGUCAGACAGUUUCACCCGGUUUCUCUCUGCAUGGCGAGUCUCAACUGUUGCCUUAACCCGCUCAUUUACUACUUCCUGACCACAGAGUUCAGACAGCAGUUGUCCCGGCAGGGCAGUUCUGUGCUCAGAGGGCGUCUGAUGAGUUUGGAGAGCACAUCCUCCUAUAGGGAGUGAGCAAUCAGUGACCAUGCAUACUGAUCAUUCAUAUAACCAGUGCACCUGUGUAAAGAACCAAACUUAUGAAGACUUUUAUUGUCCAAGGAUUUCAUUAUCACUGUAAAAUACAGUAUUGGUUGGAUGGAUGGAAAUUUUUGCAUCGCAGAAUGUUCUAGGAACAUUUAUUUUUAUUAUUUUUUUAUUUUAUGAAAACCUAAAAAUAAGUAUUAGAUAAGUUCUGUAUAAUUUGUUAGUAUUAGGCUGUCACAAAAUCUCCCUGCUACAAUAUUAGUUUAUAGUUAUAAAAAAAAAAAAAAAAAUAGGAAUUGGUUCUCAUAAAUAGUAUUUAUUUACUAUGCUGGUCUAGCUGGUGGACCAGCAUAGCCAGCUGUUCACCAGUAGAACCUAGCUUUAAUGGACUGGAUGUCUACAGGGGCAGUCUUCAGCAGUUCCCAAUCUUAAAACCAUUGUACUCCUUUAUAUUAUUAUUAUUUUAUUUUUUCAAAAUAAAUAAAUAUGUUACUGAACAUACUUUAAAAGUUAAAUUAGUCAUAUAAAUAUUAACAAAUGAAAUUAAAACCAAGGCAUAUAGCCUUCAAGUGUUUAAAAGAAUAGUUCACCCAAAAAUUACAAUUCUGUCAUCAUUUACUCCCUUUACCCUUACUGCAUGUUGUUACAAACCCAAAUUACAUUGUUAUGCAGAACGAAAAAAGGAGAUUUUCACACACUUUUCACUGUGUGUGUGUGUGUGUGCGUGCGUGUGUGUGUGUGCAUGUGUGUGUGUGUUUGUGUGUGUGUGUGUGUGUGUGCGCGUGUGCUAUGUCUUGUGAGUAAAUGUCAGGACAUGUGAAUCGUCCUUAUAUUUAACACUUGCUGUAAAUAGUUUUUAUGGUGGUGACAAAUAAAGAAUUAAAUGUUUGUGUGAAAUAUUGCUUUAGGUAAACAUUGAAGUGUUCAAGUUUUUACAAGUACUGUAAUUAUUCAAGAGCAGUAAACAGUCAGUAAUGAAAUGAAGAACAAAGAUACAACAGUGGCUUCCAGUUUAACUUUUCCAGUAACCUCAACUUUCAACUAGACAUUGCAAUUGUAAAAAAAAAAAAAAAAAAAAAAAUAAUCAAAUAAAAAAUUAAAGUACUUAAAUUAUUGACACAGUCUUGCUGCAUGAUAAUUACAUAUAAUGCAUUCAAAAACUGAUUUUAAGCGGUCAAAGUGAGCGCUUUUCCCUUUUUCUAGUCAAUGGUGUUGUUUGAUUAAUAUUAAUAUUAAUGCAGGAGUGCAACUACCCAUUUACGGGGGGUAUGCAGAAUCAAUGCUGAUGCUCCCUUGAACAUUUUGGUACUCAUAUGUUUAGUCUACGUCACAUCCUAUCACAUGUGCAUGCACGUGCAAAAGCAGUUUUUUGAGUUCAGAUUGAGUUCCUCUGAAAAGUCAGUUUGAUGGCUGUAUUUGAAAGUCAGGGAGGAUAAAAUCUUCCUUGACGCAAGAUAUACAGUAGCCUAAAAUAUAUUGUUACUGAAGGUCAUAUUAAAACAUGCCACAUCAUCAUUUUAAAUCACCAUCUAGACAUUGUUUUACUUUUUCACUGUAAAUAAAGCCUUGAUUUCAUGAUAUUCAUAGCGUUGUUUUAUUUCUUGACACAUUACAAAUUUGUGUAACAAUCAAUACAUAUCUAACUUAGGAAUGAUUGAAAAUACCAAAAAUGUAUCAUAAAACAUACAAAAAGUAAAAUAAAUUCUAAAAUUAAUACUAUUUUCCUUUUAAUGAGAUGUAAAUUUGAUUUGUAAUGCUAGGUGAAGGGUUUAAAGUUAAGUUCUCUGUGACUGAGUUAUAUAUUAUAUAUACAAAUAUUACUUUGCUAUUAUUUCACAACAGUGCUCAUUUUUCAUUUUGGCAGUGUGUGUGUGUGUGUGUGUGUCGGUUUGGUUGCUGUGAACAGGAAACAGGAAGUAGGUGCUGCAAUCACGCAUUAGAGUAGCAGCUGCAAACACAACAAGAGCAGCCUUAAGAUGUUUGAUGCAUACAGAUGCUGGAGAGGCAAACCUGUUUAACUGUUUAAUAGCUCAUCAGCUUACAAAUCCAAUGUACAGUUAAGAAUUGUCACUAUGUUACUGCUCAACUGAGAUUAUAAUAGCAUUUUCUUACUAAUAUACACUGUAAAUUUACCACUAAAAAUAUAAUAGUAUUAUAUAUUCUUCCUAACAAGACUGGUCAAAAAUGUAUUUAGGAGUAUCCCAACAGGGUUCGCUGAUUGAAUGUUAUGACAAAUAUACCAUUAAGCUCAUUGAACAAACUGCUAUCAGACUUGAAAGUGCUGUAAGUGAUUUUUUUUUCAUGGAAAAGUAUGCAAAAAAAUGUCCUACUCCCUUAAAAAUAUUAAUGAAAUAAGUGUCCUGAGAUAUCUCACCAGUCUCUGUGACAGCUGUAGACUUUGUAAACAGCAAACAAAAAUGUGUCCGCAGACACUGACGCUUUUCACCUGUCAAUCAUUUUGCUCGUUCUCAUAGUGUUGUAUUUGAAGUGGAUCAUUAAGGCUAUGAUUCAUAAUGUUUGUCAGCUGAGGGCGCUAUUGUGCCUCUGUUGAAUUUGACAGCCACAGGAACAAACUAUGCUGCUUUUUUGCUCAGUUUUGGUCUCAAAAUUAUCUUUGCAGUGCAGGGUUUUUGGAUGAGAGGGUGUGUCUAAUUCAACAGCUCAGUCACGUGAAAGCUUCAGAACAAUAAAAUCACUUACCGCACCUUUAAUUGGUACCAUGAUGCUGCUCAUCAACUUUCUCCCUCAACUCUGGAUUUGAUCCUGAGUUUAGUUAAUGCGCGCAUGCAUAUGAAUGAGUGACGUUAGCAGCGAACAGCCAAUCACGUGAAACACGUAGAGACCACGAUUCAGAAUCACUUCUCGCAAGAUAGUCAGCAGGAUUUACCUCUCUGCUGAAGCCCGAACGUUAUGAAAAUAUGAAGAAUUUAAAUAUAUUUAAACAACACGAGAUUUUUAUAAAAAUAUGAAAAAUUAAAACAAAUUUACACUGCACAAGAGAUCACCAUGAAAUCAUGAAGGAUUAAAACACAUGAUUUAGACAGCACAAGAGAUCACUUUACAAUUAUGAAGAAAUUAAAGACAUUUACACAGCAAGAAGAAACGAGAGCUCAAGAGGACUGCUGGAAACUAAUUCUGAAUGUGAUAACAAUAUAAAACAGCUGAUAUAUGUGUAAGUGAAUUCAAAUAUGUCCACAACAAGAACACACAGGCGUGUUAAUUUUGAAAAACUUAAAAACUAUUUGAAAUAUAAAUUCAAAAUAAAUUGAAAGCUUAAAACCUAAUAAUACCAUUGUAACAGUCUUAGCUGUUACCCUUGUAUUUUUUUUUAUUUUUUAUUUUUUUAUCAUACUCACCGCUUGAGCGCUAAAACCCCUGGUAUUUAAACUGGUAAUAUCAUAGAAGAAGUCAGUUUGUUUGGAAGAGGGAAGCAUGGUAUUAUCCUAGCACCUCCAGCAAAACUCAUGGGAGUCCUGAUUGAGAAACUUUGUUUCCAGUUCAAUCAUAUGGACUCUUUAAAUGUUGCUUUAUAUUUUGUCAUCUUGAAACUGUAUAAGUAGUUGCAAAGGCUCUACUUACAUGGAUAUCAAGUAGUUUCUCCCCAAUGGAUUGUUCUCACUGCAUUGCCUUGUGGAUUAUCAAAUAUCCUGAGUACAAGGAUUUGACUCUGUGGACUAUCUUGUUUUAGUUGGAUUAUUUGAAGAGCACUCGAAGGGCUAUUUUCUUUUUUUUUGUGUGAGUGUUUUUUUUUUUUCAUCAUCAAAGGGAUUUGGACAUCAUCCUAAACAUUGUGUUUGGCCUCAUGUAUUCAGAUAGAAGACAAAGGCAGGCCUAACACAGUCGUAAAACCUAACUGAGGCCCACACACAAAGUCAUAAAUCUUGCUGUUAAAAACCACGCAAAAAUCAAACAAAGGGAGUCCAAAACAGACUACAAAUCCCAUGAAGCCUUGCUCAUUAAAGGAUCGAAUUCUCAGCUCCUAUUGGAUGAGGCAAACUACAGAAUGCCCCUCAACCUUGACGUCAUCAGGAGUAGAAAUACUUCCGGGAUUUGCUUUCAGCAACUUUGCUCACCGUGUGUAGACGCAGCUCGUUGCUGCUCUCAGCUGUAACCUCGUGCCACAAGGAUGUAACAUCCGACUUGAAACUGUGGCCAUACAGUCUCCAUCUCGCUGGACGAGUUGAGAUUACUCUGUGCAUCCGAAGGAGACCACCGAGCAAUCUGCAUCUUCAUCCGUUUGCCUGCAGAAGUGAAGAGAAAAGAUUUCUCUUCCCUCUACAUUCAAGUCGAUGUCGCUGAUUUCUCCGCCAGCCCGCCGAGAAUCAGCAGCCGUACCGCCUGCCGACAGAGCGAGGAAACGGCCUCCCGUCAUCACCCGUUAAGAGUUAAAGGUCGGAUGAACACACAUUUGUCUGCGUCCUCAUAUGAUUCAAAGAACUUGGUCUGCUGUGGCCAGUCCUGCCUGUGGUAGUGCACCUUGGUGUCCCUACUGUCCCAAAGGCAAAGAUAGCAGGGAAACAUGGUAAAACCGCCUUGGAGACCCAUCAGGAUUGCCACCAUUUUGAAGUCUCCUAUGACCUCCCAGCCAUACUCAUCAUAAUUCAAGGUGUCCAGCAAGGUCUUGAUGCUGUUGUAAUCCUCUUUGGUGUACACCGAGUGAGCCAGGGGAAGAGACAGGUCAGCUGACAAACUUUCUUGAGGAGUUGGAUGUCCUGCUGUCCUCCUUGCCGGAGGAUGGUAGGCCACUUGUGGUUCUUGGUGAUUUCAACAUAUACCAAGACAAGCCCCAGGCCACUGAAUUGAAUACUCUCCUGGCCUCAUUUGACUUGGAAAAACUACACACCACAGCAACUCACAGAUCGGGCAACCAGCUGGACCUCAUCAUUACACGCCAGCACGUGCUACACCACCCAGCCCCUGGCUGUCUGACGUCCUUCGUGAACAUCGGACUGACCUCAGGGCAGCUGAGAGGAGAUGGCGGAAAUCUAAAGAUCCAGCAGAUCUAGAACAAGCUGCUGGAUGACAAUCAGUCAGGCUUUAAAAGUGGACACUCCACCGAGACCGCCCUGCUGUCUGUCACCGAGUCGCUGAGACGAGCGAAAGCUGAAGCCAGAUCAUCAGUCCUGAUUCUGCUGGACCUUUCUGCAGCCUUUGACACAGUCAACCAUCAGAUAUUACUCUCUACCCUUUCCUUGCUGGGCAUCACAGGGACUGUGCUUGACUGGUUUAAUUCCUAUCUCUCAGGUAGGUCCUUCAAGGUAGCCUGGAGAGGUGAGGUAUCCAAGCCACAUCAGCUACUUACUGGGGUACCUCAGGGAUCAGUGCUUGGGCCACUUCUCUUCUCUAUAUACACAACAUCACUGGGACCCAUCAUUCAAGCACAUGGUUUCUCUUACCACUGUUACGCUGAUGACACGCAACUCUACUUGUCUUUCCAGCCCAACGACACCACAGUGACUGCUCGAAUUUCUGCCUGCCUGGUGGAUAUCUCGGCCUGGAUGAAGGAGCACCACCUGCAACUCAACCCAGCCAAGACUGAACUCCUUGUCUUUCCAGCCAACCCUGAUGUUGAACACAACAUCACCGCGCAGCUGUCAUCACAGUAACACCUUCCAAAUCGGUCAGAAAUCUAGGUGUAACCAUCGACAACAGACCAAAUUUCACAGACCACAUCUCAAAGACCACAAGAUCAUGUAGAUUUACACUCUACAAUAUCAGGAAGAUAAGACCCUUCCUCUCUGUACAUGCCACACAACUGCUUGUCCAGUCACUUGUCAUAACUAGACUGGACUACUGUAACGCUCUCAUUGCAGGCCUCCCUGCAUGUGCAACUAGACCCCUCCAAAUGAUCCAGAAUGCAGCAGCACGUCUGGUCUUUAAUGAACCAAAGAGAGCACGUUACACCACUCCUUGUCUCUCUCCACUGGCUACCGGUUGAUGCACGUAUCAAAUUCAAGGCUCUGAUGCUGGCAUACAGAACAGUUACUGGGUCUGCUCCAGCAUACCUAAAAUCAUUUAUGCAGAGCUACGCGCCCACUAGAAGUCUGUGGUCGGCUAAGGAACGCCGCCUUGUUGUACCAACACAAAGAGGCACCGAAACACUUUCCCGGACUUUCAGCUACAUCAUACCACGUUGGUGGAACGAUCUUCCCAACUCCAUCCGUGAAGCUGACUCACUCUCUGUCUUCAAAAAACGACUAAAAACACAUCUUUUCCAUGAGCACUUAACCAGUCAUUAAAAAAAAAAUAAAUAAAUAAAAAAAUUCUGUUGCACUUUAUUCUAUUUUGAAUACUAUUAUGAUGCUAGUGAUACUUUGUAAUACAGCACUUUUUAUACCACUGUCUCCUAGGAUGAUUCGCUCAUGUUUUCCUCUCUUGUAAGUCGCUUUGGAUAAAAGCGUCUGCCAAAUGAAUAAAUGUAAAUGUAAAUGUUUCAAUCAAUAAUAUUUAUUGUAAAUAAUAAUUAAAUUCAUUUAAAUUAAAUGUCCAUAAACCUAGUAUUUGGCGGCCAUUAAAUACAUUGCACAUGGGAUCUUUGUGUUUUGGGAUGAAGUGGCAUGAUAUAAUUGGUAAGUGGACAAGUACUCUGUUUAUGGAUUGCCCCACCCCUCCCAGAUACACCCCCGGGGUCCGGGACCCCAGGGAUGAAGUGGCAUAAUAUAAGUACAGAGACUGCACUUAUCAGAGUUACAAAUUACUUGCUCUUAUCAUCUGAUUGCGGCUGCAUUUCUCUUCUAGUGCUUUUAGAUCUUAGUGCUGCCUUCGACAAAAUAGAUCACGACAUUCUCUUGAAUAGGCUGGAAAAUUAUGUUGGCAUUAGUGGACUUGCAUUAGCAUGGUUUAGGUCCUAUUUGUCAGACUGCUACCUCUUUGUAUGUGUAAACAAGGAAUUGUCAAAUCAAACAAAAGUUAAUUAUGGAUGUGCCACAGGGAUCAGUUUUAGGACUUCUGCUUUUCUUCUUAUACAUGCUUCCCCUGGGAGAUAUUAUCAGGAAUCAUGGAAUAAGUUUCCACUGUUUUGCAGAUGAUACCCAACUUUAUAUUUCUUCUAAACCCAUGAAAAUUCACAAUUCUCCAAAUUAACAGAGUGUAUCAAUGAAAUCAAAGAUUGGAUGGCCAGAUUUGCUUCUACUCAAUUCCAACAAAAGAGGUACUAAUGAUUGGACCAAAAACCUCUAAAAAUAAGCAGCUAGAAUAUAAUUGAAACAUUGGGUGUCUAGGAGUGGAAGAGGAAGAGAGAAGAUGCAGGAGUAGAUUCAUUCGAUCCUUUAAUUAUAAUCGUUGGAGUUGAACAUUCGCUGGAGUGGAAACAAACUAUUAAACAUAACAAUCCUUAAACACAAAGUAGCACUUCAUUAACUCAAUGAAACACUUCAAAACGUAACACUUCAAGGACUAACAAAGGAGUGGAUAAAACUAGAGGACAUUUAUACAAAAGGAACUAAUGAGGGAAUAGGAUACAGGUGAGGAUAAUAAGAAACAGAUGGAAGUGAUUAGGGCAAUGAACUAUGGGAAAUGCAGUCCAGUGGAAAACUUCAAAAUAAGAGUCCUUGAAGAAAAUGAGGGUGAUAGAUUGUGACAUUACUUUUAAAGGAUGACUCCUGGUGCUCAAUGAUGGAUGAGGAGGGUAUGAUGACGCAGAAGAUGAAGGAUCCAAGGAUGAUGAUCAGGAGGCCUAGGGGGCGGCUUCAGGGCUGGGAAAGGAUCCAGAGGCCUGGGGGUGCGGCUUCAGGGCUGGGAAUGGAUCCGGAGGCCUGGGAGGCAGCCACAGGGCUAGGAAUGGGUCAGGAAGCCUGGGAGGCAGCCACAGGGCAAGGACUGGGUCAGGAGGUGGAACCGCUGGAGGAGGAGACUCUGGGAAAGUGGGCAGAGCCGAGGAAGAGUCUGAAGGUGGAGCCAAGGAAGGCAGAGCCAAGGGGGCGGAGCCGUGGAGGAUUCUGGGGACAGAUCCAUGGAAGGCGGAGCCAUAGGAGGCUCGAGGGACUGAGCCAUGGAAGGCUAGAGGGGCGAAGCCAUGGAAGAGAUUUCAGGCUGAGACUGGGGAUCAACCUCCAUGGUCGUGAGCAUGGGCAGAGACUGGGGAACGACCUCCAUGGUCGUGAGCAUGGGCAGAGACUGGGGAACGACCUCCGUGGUCGUGGGCAUGUGCAGAGACUGGGCAGGAGGAGUCCUUUUUCUUCUCUUCUUCCGGCCAGCAGGGAGCGUAGAUACGGGGACUGUCGAGGCUACAGGCACUGGCUCUGGGACAGUCGAGGCUACAGGCACUGGCUCUGGGACAGUCGAGGCUACAGGCACUGGCCCUGGCUCAUUUACCGUGGCAGGCUUGGGCACUGGCUCAUUAAUCGUGGUAUUGGCUACCUGUUAAAUUUCGUAUUAAUUUUAAAAUUCUGUUAACUCAUACAAAGCGUUGUAUGGUCUAGCUCCACAGUACUUAAGUGACCUUCUGACAUGCUAUAUUCCAUCAUGUUCAUUACAAUCACAAAAUUCUGGCUUGUUAAUAAUUCCAGGAAUAUCAAAAUCCACAAAAGGAGUUAGAUCAUUUUCAUACUUGGCUCCUAAACUAUGGAAUAGUCUCCCUAACACUGUUCAAGAUGCAGACACACUCACUCAGUUUAAGUCUAGAUUAAUGACUCAUCUAUUUAGCUAGGCAUACACCUAAUUUAUCCUUCAACUCACAAUUAGGUGCUUUAGUUAGGUCUGCCGGAACCAGAAACAUCCAUCAUGAUCUAUAACUCUGCAUAAAAUUGAAUGGUAUUUACGCUAAUAUUACUUUUUUUCCUUAUCUCAACCUUGGGAUUCAUACCCCGAGGUUACCAGAGCCAGCCAGAUUCAGCUCCAUUCCUGCUUGGUGUCAGACUCCACUGCUACGUGUCGCUGAAAGAUGACGACAAACAGCCAGUGCCAGCCAGACAUCACUUCAGUCUUUUGACUUCAGAUGAUGAACUGAUGCCAACUCCAACUGUAAGACAUGGGAUCCUUCAUAUGCCACUGCCUGAACCUUGGAUUUAGGAUGGACCCCAUCAAACCUCACCAAAAUGACCUGCAGUGCUACACACUUGAAAUGGAAUACAUAGACUAUCAUUUAAUUGCCAACAAAAGCCUUCAUCAGCCAACUAACAAAGAACAAUGCAACUUCUGCAGUUAAUCCAGGAUGGACUUCAAAGACAUUAGUCAUUAAUCUUACAGUUAAAAAAAAAAAAAGAAAUUUUAAACAAUGGACCUUAAUGGUUACUUAAUUUACAAAUGUAAAACCAUGACUUGCACUGCUCAUAAAUAACUAAUAUUGGCAUUAUAUUCAUGUUGUUUAGACAGAGGGGAACUGGCCCCCACAGUGAGCCUGAUUACUCCCAAGGUUAUUUUUCUCCAUUAACCAACAUCUUAUGGAGUUUUAUUAUCUUGCCACAGUCACCUUCAGCUUGCUCACAGGGGUUCUAAAUACAAUUAUUAUUUUAUUAUUUAAUUUCUAUACACAAUUUACAAUCAUAUUUAAUCAAACUACACAAUGAUCACUCUAAGACUUUAUAGAUAUUACAGUUUCAUUUUUUUGUUAAUGCAUGAUUUCCUGUAAAGCUGCUUUGAAACUAUUACAAUACUAUACAAAAUAAAAAUGACUUUGUUUAAUGAA